AUGACGAGGUCGUCCCUUUUGAUGGUCUCGCCGAACUUGUCCAGAAACUGCUGCUUACUGAUGUUGACCUCAAAAUCGCCGACGAGGUACCCACGGUCCCGAAGCAUCUGCAUCACCGUCCGCCGUAUGCGGAACAGCCUGCUCGCCUCCUCCUCCGCCGACAUCUCUCUCUCUCUCUCUCUCUCCCCCUCUGUUCACGCCCACGCCGUAUGGGGAGGAAGAAGAGGAAGAGAGGAGGGAGGGCGGUAGGGUAUUGGCUACUAAUCGGAUCAUUAUAACGGUCCGGGUCAGACCCGAUUUGGAGGUUUGGGCCAAUCAGUCAACCCAUUAACGAAGCACGCCAGACUGGGCCUUUUUUAUAUACCGGGCUUGGGGCUGGAUAGCCCAAUAACGUUCGACCCAGGAUCUAUCUAGGCCGAGCUUCACAAGAUCACGCCAAAGAAAUUUAAGAAAAAAAUAAAAAAUAUGUAUAUAAUAUAAAAAAUAUUUAUCAUAAAAUUUUAAAUUGACAUAAAACGAUCUUGAUGUUCUUUCUAUUUUAGAAAACGCUUUUUUUUCAAUUUAAUUUUGAGAAGCUCAUUUAGAUAACUCAUUCUAGGAAUGAGUUAAUGAGAAUGGGUUAUAAUAACCAUAGUCGUUCAUUCCUAAGUAUACAUGGGAUGUACCUGUUCUCAACUUGAUUUGA